GGUUGAAGCAGAGCGCGCGGAGAAUAGUUGGAUUGCUUCGGAAAUGUCGUCGUCGUCGUCUUCGGCGGCAAUAGAAAGGCGUGAUUUUUCGAUCAUUAAUUCGACUGAUGGUGGAAUACGAGAUGUGAGCGGAUUUGGUAUAGCUUCUCGGCCUCAGUUGGAGAAGGGUUUGUCGGAAAACAAUAUAGGGUUCACGGAAAGAGUUUUCUCUGCCGCCGGAGCUGCGGUUUUGUCCGCUGUUACUUUAAAUCCUCUUGACGUUGUCAAGACUCGAUUGCAAGCUCAAGCCGCCGGAAUGUCUUACUCUCACCCACUCAGUAACUCCAUUGGACGCAUGGCAUUUUUUGGACCAAACAUGAUGUUUGCAGACUUGAGAUGUUCUCCUUCAUGUUCACGCGCUGGUGUUCAAGGUACUGUUUCUAUUUGCCCACCGGAUUGUUUCCAGUACAAAGGAACUUUUGAUGUCUUCACCAAGAUCAUACGACAGGAGGGUCUAGCACGCCUGUGGAGAGGGACUAAUGCUGGUCUUGCCCUAGCUGUGCCCAUGGUUGGGAUAUAUCUCCCAUUCUAUGAUAUGUUUCGCAACCGGUUGGAAGAAUUAUCUCGGGAGAAAGCUCCUGCUAUGACAUUUUGUGUGCCUACUGUGGCAGGGUCCUUAGCGCGGUCCUUAGCUUGUACAGUGUGCUAUCCUAUUGAUCUUGCAAGAACGCGUAUGCAGGCAUUCAAAGAAGCAAAAGCUGGUGUGAAGCCUCCGGGAGUUCUUAAAACUCUAGUUGGUGUAUUCUCUGAAGUCAGGACAGCAAAUAACCUUGAAAGUAGUUUGCACAACUAUCGUGUUCUCUGGAGAGGUUUGGGUGCACAGCUUGCCCGUGAUGUUCCAUUUUCAGCAAUCUGCUGGUCGACCCUCGAGCCAAUAAAAAAGAGGCUUCUUGGAGUUGCGGGCAAUGAUACAAAUCUUCUUGGUGUUUUCGGUGCAACCUUUUCUGCUGGUUUUAUAGCUGGUAGUAUCGCUGCUGCUACUACUUGUCCUCUUGACGUUGCAAGAACAAGAAGACAGAUAGAGAAGGACCCUGGUAGGGCAUUGAUAAUGACGACACGACAGACACUAAUAGAGGUUUGGAGGGAUGGAGGGAUGAGAGGACUGUUCAUGGGAAUGGGUCCACGAGUGGCGCGUGCAGGACCAUCGGUAGGGAUAGUGGUUUCUUUCUACGAAGUGGUCAAGUAUGUUCUGCAUCGCCAUGCUUCAUCAUGACCAGCAAAGUCACUAAUCUCCUACACAUGGAUGUGGAUACGGCUUUAGGUUGUAGCUUUUUUUUUUUAAUUAACAGAAUAAGUUAAACAGGCUCAGUCCUCCAAGCCCUUGUUUCAUCCUUUUAUGAGCCGGAAUUUUGUUCAGUUAUUAAAUACCGGCUGUUUAA